AUGGCCAUAGCUCAUGUCCACGGCAGCCAGACGAUGCCGGUGAGUGAAGAGGCCUCUUUCGGCCCACACAAAAACAGUCUUGCACUCAUGCCACUUGUUGGGGCAGCAGAAUGUUUCGGCUCAUGCUUGCGUGUGUGCGCGACCUCAUGGCAGGACGGAGUAGACCGGCUGCAUGCUUGCACAGGCCGAGGAGCCGGCUAG